GAUUAAUGUCGCUGCCACCACCCAUGCAAGCAGACAUGCUUGCACAGGUUUGGGCGGCCCCCACGCCCACUCCACACCACCAAACAACAAGCUUCAUCUCUGCUCUCCAUGCGCUCACCACCCGUUCCUCUUCUCAUCUUCUUCUUCUUCUUCUCAUUCUUCACCUCUCUCUUUCUCCUUCCACCAAAUCUCACAUCAUCUCCUCCUGUUGUACUAACUAUAGAUCCUGUGCGAUCUCUAAUUCCGUGGGAAGAGGAGAGUAAGAGAGAUGAAGGUGGUCGUGGAGGUGGCGGACGCGGCCGGGCUAAUGCCCAAGGAUGGGCACGGCUCGGCUAAUGCGUUCGUGGAGGUGGAGUUCGAGGGGCAGCGCCACCGCACGCAGGCUAAGCACAAGGACCUCAGCCCGGCGUGGAACGAAACCUUCGUCUUCAACGUCUCUGACCCUGCUCGCCUCGCCGACCAGACCAUCGACGUCUCGGUGUAUCACGACCGGAAGUCUGGCGGCGGCACCGGGGACGGUGGUAGACACGGUCGUGGCCAUGGUCACCACCGCAAUUUCCUCGGCCGCGUCCGCAUCGCCGGCGCCUCCAUCGCGCUGUCUGAUGCCGACGCCCCGCUGCAGCGUUUCCCCUUGGAGAAGCGCGGCCUCUUCUCCUACAUUCGCGGCGACGUCGCGCUCCGCGUCUACGCAAUGCCGGAGUCCGCCGCGGAGGUCCCUGUCAUCACUCCUUUCGUCGAGGUCGAGCAAGCUCCUGUCGAGAACAAAGAGAAGAAGGCUUCGUCCUCGGUGGUUCCGGAGGAGGAGCGGCGGGUCUUCUAUUCGGUUGAAGCCGGAGGGGGGGGCGGCGCCGCACCAACAGGCGGAGGCGGUGCCGCCCCUACAACCGGAGGCCUGAGCUUCGAGUUCGCUCAGAUGAAGCAGGCGAUGACCGGCCAGCCCCCGGCCUUCAACAUGUCGCCGGUAUUUAACGUGUCCCACGCCCAAGCCCGGGCGGAUGCGCCGUUCCCGCCGACGGUGAUCCAAGCUGGCCCUCCGGCAGUCCGCCCCGGCAACGACUUCGGCCUCGUGGAGACCGCCCCGCCCCUGGCCGGCCGCCCCGGGUACCGCCGCGGCUUCGGCGGUAGCGACAAAAUCGCCUCCACCUACGACCUGAUCGAGCAGAUGCGCUACCUCUACGUGAACGUCGUCAAGGCCCGCCAUCUCCCCACCAUGGACCUCACCGGCUCCCUCGACCCGUACGUCGAGCUCAAGCUCGGCAACUACAAGGCCACCACCCGGUACCUGGCUAAGAACUCCAAUCCCGUGUGGCACGAGGUCUUCGCCUUCUUCCAGCACCGCCUCCAGUCCAACCUUCUCGAGGUGGUCGUCAAGGACAAGGACCUCGUCAAAGACGACUUCGUCGGCCGCCUCGCCUUCGACCUCGCGGAGGUGCCGCUGCGCGUCCCUCCCGACAGCCCCCUGGCGCCGCAGUGGUACAAGCUAGAGGACAAGAAGGGCGAGAAGCUCCCCAACGGUGAGCUCAUGCUCGCGGUCUGGAUGGGCACGCAGGCCGACGAGGCCUUCCCCGACGCGUGGCACUCCGACGCGCACGACGUUGGCCUCGACGCCCUCGCCACCACCCGCUCCAAGGUCUACUUCACCCCCAGGCUCGUCUACCUCCGGGUCGUCGUCCUCGAGGCGCAGGACCUCGUGCCCCACGACAAGAAUCACCCGCCGUCGAACGUCUCGCUCAAGCUUCGACUCGGCCACCAGUUCCGCAGCACUCGGCACGUGCGGGGAUCGCUCAACCCGACGUGGAACGAGGAGGUCAUGCUCGUGGCGUCGGAGCCUUUCGACGAGCACCUCGUGCUCACGGUGGAGGACCGGGUAGCGGCCGACAGGGAGGAGCCGCUCGGACGUCUGGUUCUCCCGCUGUCGGCCGCCUUUACACGUACGGAUCACCACAAGAUCAUGGAGCCUCGCUGGUUCAGUCUCGCCAAGCCGACGGCCUCAGACGAGAAGGCCGGCGACGGCGAGAAGAAGGAGCACAAGUUCUCCAGCAAGAUCCGCCUCCAGCUCUACCUCGAACUGGGCUACCACGUGCUCGACGAAUCAACCCAAUUCAGCAGCGACCUCGAGCCGGCGUCGAAGUUGCACCGGAAGCAGAGGAUUGGGAUACUGGAGCUGGGAAUCCUCGGUGCCCGUAACCUCAUGUCGAUGAAGGCAAACAAGGACGGCCGGACCACCGACGCCUACUGCGUCGCCAAGUACGGGCAGAAAUGGGUCCGCACUCGGACUCUCCUCAACACUCUCACGCCGCAGUGGAACGAGCAGUACACAUGGGAGGUGUUCGAUCCCUGCACCGUCGUCACAGUCGCCGUCUUCGACAACUGCCAUUUGGCCGGUCACAAGGACGACGCCCGAGACCAGAGGAUCGGCAAGGUCCGAAUCCGGCUGUCGACGUUGGAAGCAGACCGCGUUUACACCCAUUUCUAUCCCUUGUUAGCUCUCCAUACCUCCGGCCUGAGGAAGACCGGGGAGCUGCACCUGGCGGUGCGGUUUACGUGCACGGCGUGGGUGAACAUGGUGGCCCUCUACGGGAAGCCGCUGCUGCCGAAGAUGCACUACGUGCAGCCCAUAUCAAUGCGUCAGAUGGACAUCCUACGGCGGGAGGCGAUGGUCAUCGUCGCCGCGCGGCUCGGUCGUGCGGAGCCCCCGCUGCGGAGGGAGGUGGUGGAGUACAUGCUCGACACGGACCUGCACAUGUGGAGCCUGAGGCGGAGCAAGGCCAACUUCGUCCGCCUGACCACGCUGCUCUCCGGCGUCACCUCCGCCGGGCGGUGGUUGGAGGGCGUGCGGAGCUGGAGGAACCCCGUGACGACGAUCCUAGUCCACGUGCUGUUCUUGAUCCUCGUCGUCUACCCGGAGCUCAUCCUGCCGACGGUGUUCGUCAUCUUGUUCAUGGUCGGCGCAUGGAACUACCGGUUCAGGCCGCGCCACCCGCCGCACAUGGACACGAAGCUGUCCCACGCCGAACUGGCCCACCCCGACGAGCUCGACGAGGAGUCCGACACGUUCCCGUCGUCGAAGGCCGCCGACCUGGUGCGGAUGCGGUACGACCGGCUAAGGAACGUGGCGGGGAAGCUGCAGACGGUGGCGGGGGACAUGGCGACGCAAGGGGAGAGGGCGCGGGCCUUGCUGAGCUGGAGGGACCCGCGAGCGACCACCAUCUUCAUCCUGCUGUCGCUGGCGGUGGCCGUCUUCCUCUACGUGACGCCGUUCCAGGUGGUUGCGGUGGUCGUCGGGCUGUUCCUGCUCCGUCACCCCAGGUUCAGGAGCAGGAUGCCUUCGGCCCCUUUCAAUUUCUACAAGAGGCUGCCGGCCAACUCCGAUGUGCUGCUCUAAGGUUAAUGGGGGCUGAAACGAAGAAUGAUUCCAGUGAUGUUAUCUACUCGGUUGCUACUAUUGCUACAGAGCUUAUUCCAUUUGUGAUAUAUGAACAUAUUAAAUUCCAUGGGAAGCAUGUCAUGAAGAAGAUGAAGGAUGGAUAAAUGGAGAGACACAUUUCUGUAUGUCUCGAAUAAGAAAACUUAGGAUUGAUUUCAUCUUCAUUUAAAUGUUAUUUGUGAGAUAUUUAUGAGAUAAUUUACAUAUUGUUGGGAAGCUUAUUGAGGUUGCACU